CGGCUGGCGGGCUGGGGCGGCGCGGCCCCGGAGCGUCCGCGGCGGCCGGAGGCGGCGUCGGGCAGGCCUGAGCGGCGGGGCGCGGCGCCCGGGCCCCCGGGGAUGCGGGACCGGCUGCCGGACCUGAGGGCGCUGGACAUGACAUAACCGUUUCCUUCUGAGACCCCACGGCGGAGAAAGGAAGACGAAUACCCACCGGGAAGGAGAGUGAUACAGGGCCCAGUUAGGAUGAGUGGGGUAUGGCAUACACUCUGGAAGGCGAAGGGUGAGGCUGCUGCCGGGAGUCGGGCCGAAGGCCUGGUAGCUGGGCUCUGUCUGCAGUGGAGGACCUGUGGGGAAGCUCCUUCCUCUGAGGCGUGGAUGUGUAGAAAAAAUGAUGAUGGGGACACAAGUGUUGUUGUUGAGAAGGACCAUUUCAUGGAUGAUUUCUUCCAUCAGGUUGAGGAGAUCAGGAACAGUACAGCUAAAAUAGCUCAGUACGUUGAAGAAGUAAAGAAAAACCACAGCAUCAUUCUUUCUGCACCAAACCCAGAAGGAAAAAUAAAAGAAGAGCUUGAAGAUCUGAACAAAGAGAUCAAGAAAACUGCUAACAAAAUCCGAGCCAAGUUGAAGUCUAUUGAGCAAAGUUUUGACCAGGAUGAGAGUGGGAACCGGACUUCGGUGGAUCUUCGCAUUCGGAGAACCCAGCAUUCCGUACUAUCUCGGAAAUUUGUGGAAGUUAUGACAGAAUAUAAUGAGGCACAGACUCUGUUCCGGGAGCGGAGCAAAGGACGGAUACAGCGUCAGCUAGAAAUAACUGGAAGAACCACGACGGAUGAUGAGCUGGAGGAAAUGCUGGAGACCGGGGGCCCUUCUGUCUUCACGGCAGACAUUAUAUCAGAUUCACAAAUUACUAGACAAGCUCUCAAUGAAAUUGAGUCUCGUCACAAGGACAUCAUGAAGCUGGAGACCAGCAUCCGGGAGCUGCAUGAAAUGUUCACGGACAUGGCUAUGUUCGUGGAGACCCAGGGCGAAAUGAUCAACAACAUAGAAAAAAACGUGGUGAACGCCGCAGACUACGUAGAGCAUGCUAAGGAAGAAACGAAGAAGGCUAUUAAAUAUCACAGCAAAGCUAGAAGGGUAGUCCAAGAAAUAAGUAAUUCCUCAAGUUCUUACUUCACUUUGAAACUGAAGUGAUUGUUUUGCUGAGCAGCUAAAGGGUGUGCAGGUAAGUGUGGUGACUGUGACCCUUCGUGUUCCGUGACCCCACGUUUCUCCAGAGGCUGCUGUGUCUUGGCCAUUAUCUGGAGGGGGUGUAAAGCUAAGGGGACUGGAAUUCUAGAAGCCGUUGGUCACACGUUCUGUGCAGCGAACCCUUGCUCUCCGCUGGGGUUGCUUGCCAGGUCUCUGGUUUGGAGGAAGAAGCGCAUCACCGGGACGGGACUGCGGCUGCCGUGGGGCGGCCGCGUCGAAGCUUCGUGAAGGGGCUGUACCGUCCUUACCUGAACCCCGCGUGCGUGUGAGCAAAGCUCUUCUCAGAAAACAGCGACACGACGGCAUUAAGUUCUGACUCAGGCACAAGAAAGCUCUCUCCUCAUUUCACGGGUGUCCUUGUCCGGCUGCUUGGGUUUCUUUCUGCCCGGGGUGGAGAAGGCCCACACGGAGCGCCCGCCGCGGCUUUCCGUCCCGGGCGGAGGCUGCGCGGGCUCGCGGUGCCCUUCUGGCCGGGGGUUUCCACGCGCUGCGCACGGAGGCCUCGGAAGGAGGCGGCUCCAGGGCGCCGGGAAGAGAGGGAGGGCCGCGGUCUGGGCGCGGAGGCUGCCGUGCCGGCUGUUGGCGGCCUCCCGUACGUUAACAGGCGCGUCUGGCCUCCACCGUCAGCCCGCGGAGCUCGGCGCCCUCCUUUCCCCUGGGCGCGUCUGAGCGUGUUCGUCGUCUUUGAGACACGACAGUGGUCUGUGUCAUCGCUCUUUAAAAUACCCCGGCCCGAAGUGCGGUGAUAAGGUCCACGCGUGAGUUCUCAGCCUGCUCCAGGCACACCGAGGGCUUCCCUGACGGGGUCAUUAGCAAAGGGCCGGUCCCUUUGUUUCCCUAAGCAGCGCGUGAGUGCAGCGAGAAUUUUCCUGGAAAGCUGGUUUUACAAAGACGACAGGCCUCCUGUUAAGCGCGGCCUCCACUGCGGAGGAGGCCUCACCGGACGGUGUCCGCUGCUGAGAGGGGUGGUGCCCGUGUCCGGCCCUGUCGCCAUCUGUCCAGUGACAAGGCCGAGCCCUGACAUCACAGGGCUUGUUCACGCUGCUUGCUCCGCCCCUGGACGGCCCACUGCCACAUCUGCUCAGACCUCGGCCGUCCGUCCCUGCGCAGCUGCCUGGGCCCUGGGGGGCAGCCGGCCUGGGGUGCUGUGCUUUCUGGGGUGGAGGCUCUCACCGCCAACAGCAGAGGAACAGGCAGCGAGGGGGGCUCACCUGUAGCUCUGCCUGCGGGAACAUCGCUGCCUGCAGACUCACCGUCUCACUGGUGGGACCCGAUCGCCUGAGUUCUAGCGCCGUUCAUCUCCAGUCUCGCUUCGUUCAACUAAAAACCACCGUCUCUAAGAGCUAAAAGCUGUCAAGAAUCAGACGUCCUGUGACUUAGAUUUUAAAGCAGCUUCCCGUGGAUUGUUUUAUUUUCAGUGAAUGAUGUCUUCUAAUGGGGUGGGAAAUUACCAUCCUGUAAUCGGCCUGCUUUCCUUUGACAGAAAAAGUGGGUAAUUGUAGCUGUGUCCGCGGCCCUGGCUGCUGUAAUUGCCCUAAUUACUGGUUUAUCAGUUGGCAAGUGAGGGUGUGGAUCACGUCCGUGCCCCUGCCAGCCGGCAGCAAGUAACAGCUCAUCUGCGGACUGACUUCCCCAUUAGCCAGUGGUCAACGCACACCCACUUUUAACGGACUGAACCGUCCUAGCGGCCCGCCCGCGGGGGAGCGGGGCCGGCCUGUCGCCCGGGGUGGCCGUGCCCGGCUGCCUCGCGCCCUGGGCGUUCGCAGGCUGCAGGUGGGGCUGCAGGGGGGGCAUCUUUCACCGGAGGCCUCCUCCUCACGUGGCCGUUAGAGCAGCGCGUGCAGCUGUGGGGGGCCCCCCGCCCUCAGGCGCCCGGACUCCGGGUGGCGGGGGGUGGCCAGAGCCCCGAGGCCCUUAAUGCUUUCGUGUGCCUUUGGGAGUAACGGCAACAAGUGAAGGUUGCUUUGUGAGAUCUCCUCCCUGGGGGUUCUGGCGGGGGUCCUGGGGGCCUGGGGUCGGGGCAGAGCUGUCCGGGAAAGCCCCUCGUCUUGCCGGCGGCCCUGUGUUGGCCGCACGUGGUUUUCCCACCCCCGCCGAGGAGAACAGAGAGUGAUAAAAGUGUCUUAUUUUUGUUUACUGUGCUCACCUUUCUCCAACCUUCAGUGCAUUCUGUGUUUUCCCUCUGGUCUCCUGUGUGUUUGGGAGCCUCCGCCCCGCUGGGCGCUCCGGCUGGAGGGCCGGCUGGUGUGCUGUACCCCUCGUCCCGGGCCGGUCGGCCUGGUCCUUCCGAGGGCCGCCGGCCGGGUGCUGCCGGGUGGUCCCGGGGGAGCCCCCUCUGCGGCCGGGAGAGCGAGCUCAGACGCGUGACAGACACGAGUAAGGAGGCCCGUGUGCUGUGGGCCUGAGCCCGCGCAGCGUGGUGGUCGCGGUCCCUGCAACACUCGAUCACUCGGGAAGUUGUUUCAGAAUAGGCUCCGGCCGCUGCGUUGGUGGAAGGUCGUUCCUUAGAAGGAAGGAGGCUUAGCACUCUUUUUAUUUGGACAUUUAUGUGAUCCUCACGAUGCUGUCGUGUUAGCUCUGCUGGAAAACAUGGUGUCUGUGAUUUUUCUUCGCUAAUGUAAUUGCAUUUAGAAAUAUUUUUAUAAUUGCUUUAAAUACACGUAUUUUCUUCGUUUUUCCUGGUGGUCAUAAUAUGGUUGGUUGAAUGUGGUUACACUAAAGAUUUUAAAAUUAAUCUUUAGAUUGGACCCAGGGAUGCUGUUUGGUAAUGCCAUUGAGUACAAGCAGGUUUUUCAGUGUGAUUUUGGGGGGAGCAGUGGGCUUAUCGUGGGUGCUGGGCCCAGAUGCCCGGUUUACCCUAAGGUCUUUAUUUUUUUAUUUUUUUUUUUGAAGAUUUUAUUUAUUUAUUUGACAGAGAGAGAGAUAGCGAGAGCAGGAACACAAGCAGGGGGAGUGGGAGAGGGAGAAGCAGGCUUCCCGCCGAGCAGGGAGCCCAAUGUGGGACUCGAUCCCAGGACCCUGGGAUCAUGACCUGAGCCGAAGGCAGACGCUUAACGACUGAGCCACCCAGGCGCCCCAACCCUAAGGUCUUUAAAAAAGAACACAGAACAAUCCUCGUUAAUAAAAACACACCAAAGUGCACACCAACAAUUACUCCGUUUGUACAAAUGCAGUGGUUGGUAACUAGCUCCGUCAGCGGCCCUGGUUGCUGUAAUUGCUGUGUUUGGCAGAGCCCUCCGGUAGGCCAGGCUCCGGACUGCAGGAGGUAAUCCGAGUCCCCACAGCCCUGCAGCCUGGGUGGGACGCUUGAUUUCCUGUCCGAGGAGACAGGCAGAGCGUGCCCUGCCCGUGGUUCUUUAUAACUCAGAACAGGAUGUUCUGACGUAACUCAGAACAGGGUUGGCGCCCCGGGUGCGCUCUGCCCACUGAGAGGAGGGCACGCGUUUGGUUGGAGCUGUUAGCAGGGUGUUAGACGAGAACGGCUGUGGCAUCUGGGUUGCAGGAGGCCAGCUGUCAUGGAAAUCAGGGGAGCACGCCCGCAAGCCAGUGGGGAAGGAAGGACACACGGGCGCGGUGCCGGGCCCCGCAGAGCCAGCCCCCGGGGCGCGGAAAGAGCUCACGUGCAGGGUGGCUGCCUCUCCCAGGGACCCCAGGCGGCGGCACUGGAGCUGAAGGGUGGUGGCCCAUGGCAAGGACGAAGGUAUCGCAGGCCUAAGGAAAAGGCUGUCCUCAGAUCAAGGUGCUGAGCGGAGUUCUCUGGGCCACAGUGCUCACGCCAGGAGCGCGCGUGGGUCUGACGGAGGGGGCCUGAAGGCGGCGCUCCCUACCCUGUGCCUGGCAGAGCUGCCCCAGGGCCUGGCUGCUGAGCGUCGUCGGGGCCCGCGGUGGGGACGGAGCCGCUGCAGGCUGGUGCCGGCUCCCCCGGCGGGUUUCUCCGGGGCCCUGCGGCACGCGGCCUGCGUGCGCUCUGCGGUGGUGCAGGUGAGGAGUCUGCCGUCCGCAAAGAGAACUCCGGGGGGUCGUGCAGGCCCCGGUGCCUUUCAUCUAGUCCUCCUCUGCCGGGCAGGUCCCCUGGGCCGGACCAGACGCCUUAAGCCGAAGGUGGUUUAGCUCCAGCUGUGCAGGGAUGCUUGUUGGCUGAGAAACAAAGCCAGCUGUGCUCGUUGCCCGCCUCUGGCUGGGAUGCGGCGGAAGACGGGUCAGCGGCGUAUGGUUUUUCGCACACGUGCACACACCUCAGUGCAAAGACACGGGCAAGUCGGAUGUCAGCAAGCGAGAGUCAUUUAAAGUUUUGAGAAGAUGUGCGGGACGUCCGAGGGAUAGCAGCUUGUCGUUUCAGUAUGAUCAGUAGAGAGCGUUCGUGAAGGACCCACACGGUGCCAAGUGGACGUGCCUUUCCCUCCAGAGCAAGUCGUCGUCACACCUCUUUUAACUACGUCCCCUUAAUUUAAUAGACACGUGUGCGUAACGCAGAGCUCUGCCGGUGGAGCUUUCCUUCCCCACCCCUCCCUUUUCUGUGACCUGUAAGACUCGUGUUUUAAACUCUCAGAUUUUGUUAAGAAAUGACAUUAGUGAUUUCUUUCUUUUGAUACCUUGCACAUUAAUGUUUUUCUUUAUC